UGGCGGGAUUCAGACAGUCGCGUUACACCGGGGAGUAUGAGAGUGUCUUUUAUUCAUGGGCAACCGGUUAACUUGCUGUCGCCAAACAUGGAUAGAGCUUCAUGACGGAGGUUUAGAAGAUCCUAAAAUUGCCUCUCAGUCACGAAGCUCUGGCUACCGGAACAAUGGUGCUGAUUUUUCUGAAGAGGAUAGUGGUUUGCAUGUUAAAAGUCGUGAGACGCUGAUCAACUGCGCACGUAACAGCCUAUCAGUAAAACCGGUUGUUGCAUAUAACACAAUACAGCACAUCAGUGAGCGUGAACCAGAAGAUACAGAAUUCGAUCCUUCGCUUAAUGCCUCGCAGCAUACAUUGUUUUCUUCCAGUAUUAUGGGAAAAUCUCAAGAAAGUUGUAGGCGAUUCAUGUCUAGAUCAGGAAAAGAAGUUCUUGAAAGUUUCACCCUUAAACGAUGGAGUUCAUGCAGUACUAUAUAUGUUGGGGAUGGCUGUUUAGCCCGUCCUGAUGUAAAUGAUAUGGUCUGGUGUGUGUCUGUGGCAAUCCGACUUCUAAUGCACAGCGAUCUAAACAAACAUUUUUCGAAGCAGUUGCAUAGUGAUGUGUUUACACAUUUGCUGAAUGUUUAUGAAGAGGUAUAUAAGACGUUUGAUGAACGAGUCUAUCCUAUUGAGCAUCUAAAAUGUGAUGAAAAUUCAAAAAGCGAUACUGUUAAUGGUUGGGAAAAUUCUGAGGUGAAUUCCAUACAACAAUUUCUGCGUAGUCUUUUCAGUACUGCUCUUUUGGGACCCGAGUGCGCCAUUGUUGCUCUUAUAUUUCUCGAACGACUUAUCAUUGGAGCUGAGGUAGCCAUGACCUCAUGGACAUGGCGUCGUCAACUUUUGGCCUGCGUUCUUCUUGCUAGUAAAGUCUUAGAUGAUCAAGCUGUAUGGAAUAUCGAUUAUUGUCAGAUUCUUCGGGAUAUCCAUGUUGAAGAUUUGAAUGCUUUAGAAAGACAUACAUUACGAUUAUUACAAUUCAAUAUCAAUGUACCAUUUGCAGUGUAUGCCAAAUAUUAUUUUGACCUACUAACUGUUGGAGAAAAUGCUGGUGUCGCAAAUCAAAUCAGUAAACGCAAACGUUUAACACCUGAAAGGGCAUACAAUUUUCGUAUUCUCCCAAUUUAUACAGAGAUAUGUAUACCUGAUAAAACAGUAUUUGAUAAAGGAUUCCUUUUUGAUUUACCUCAUGCUAUAAAAUCAGAAACUGUAUGCAAUGGAAAUGUGAAAAAAAAAGAUAAAAUAGUUGAAAAUUCUACACUAGUUAAAGGGAAGAAAGAGUUUACGCAGAAAAAGUUUAUUAAAACACCAUUCAUUGUUCGAAAUCAAUUAACUAAUCAUGAUAAUCAAAAUAAUAAUGUUAUCCCUAUUGAUAUAUAUAAUCAUCAGUCUUCCAAUAAUGUUAUAAUUCCUUUAAAUGAAUCAUCUUUAAGUCCAAUUGAAUUAGAUGAUGAAACUGAUUUUGUGAAUUCCACUCCUUCAUCGAUUUUAAAAGUUCCAGAUUAUAUUUCUCAAUCUAAACAGAUUAAAACAAAAUAUUGUGAAAUAAAUCAAAAAUUUCCCAUUCAAUCUCAUCCUUUAUUAUUUUCUAUAAACUGUCAAAAAACAACUGCACCCUGCAUAAACUAUUCUGUUAAUUCUCCAUAUGAAGCAUUGGAUACUCUAGAUUCUAUUCAAGAGUUCAAUGGAUCUCAUUCUCUUUUGUCUACUGAACAAUCAGGAUCAGAUUAUCGUGAUAAAACAGAAUUUAUGCGAUCUUUAAUGGGUGGUGAUGUAGCUUACUCUUUAUUACGUGAUUCUGGUUUAUACUGACUGGCUUAACAUUCAUAUUUGUUUGAUUGUUUUAAUUAUUAUUUAGCUUAGAAUGAUGAAUUUUUCAUUUUACCAGAAGUAAUCUGUGUUAUUUCGCUUUUUUUUUUUAAUGCAUUUACUGAUUUUAGUUUAUUUUAUCCAUAAAUUACUAUCACCUAAUUUCAGUAGUAUUAGUUGUUUUUGUAAAAAUGUCUACUGCUCUAUGGCUUAUUUGUGCUCAGCUUAUUUUUGACUUGUUUAUUUUCUGCUUGAUUUCCUUUUUAGAUAGGAUAAUCAUUUGGGAUAUUUCUUUUUUUCGUUUUGUUUUGUAGUCUGUUUACUUCCUCCAUCAGUGAUCUCUUGUCAAUACCAUGUAUAAUAUCAGUCUAGUCUGAUUUGUGUUAUCUAUUCAUGUGUAUACAACGAGCUAUCAACACACAACGAGUAUAAGAUAUGUAUCAUUAUUUCCUUGUUUCAACCAGUUUUCUUAUCUCUUUUGAUAUAUAUGCUGUUUAAUUCAUAUAUAUACUUAUUUACUUAUCAUCCCACCUUUUGGCUUUUUUUUUGCUGUAACCUGAAAUACUGCUGUAUAUUGAAGAAAAUGAUUUUUUUUAGAAGAAAUUGUUGUUGUAUUUACUGUUAUCUGCUUUAUAAACUGUACAUCAUUCAAGUGAAUAUGAUUUUAAUUGCGUAAAUACAUUUUGUUAUAGAUAUCAUUAUUAUCAUGACAAAAAUGGUUAUAUGUGUAUAUACUUUGUAUGAUGGAGAAUGUAAAAGUGUUUUGUAGUCUCUUUUUUGUAUGGGUUUGUCUGAAGUUGUAGUAAUAUGAUCAUUUGGGAUAAAUUCAAUCCACUUAUGAAAUGGAUUUUCAUGAAUUAGUUGGUUCAUAUCAUAUCAGUGAAUGAAUAGGUGUCAUUGGAUAAUUUAAUUUCUGAAAGAAUAGUGUGUUUAUGAAAUUAGGAAAUCAUUAACUUCAUUUAUCCACUUUAAAAGUUAGAUUCAGUUCAGAUUAUUUAUCAAAUCAACUACGCUACUUCAUUCUGUGUACUUACCGAUUUGAUAAACAGACAGAAUCAACUCCAUAUUAGGUUUAUUUAUUUGAUUUAUAACACACCAUGAUACAGUAUUAUUUACUUGAUGAUGACGUUUCGGGCAUAAAUUAUUACUCAUAAUAAUAUCAAUGUAAUCACACCACUUUCAACAACCGACUUUUAUAGUCUUGUCGCCUCUUAUUCUUUGUUUCUAUUGAUAGUAAAAUUUUUCAUAUUUCU